CCAACUCUCAUUCAUUUCGCCGGUUAACAUGAGAGAUCAUGGCCGCCUUCGGGCUUCUCAGCUAUGAGCAGAGACCGCUGAAACGCCCCCGGCUCGGGCCGCCCGACGUCUACCCGCAGGACCCCAAGCAGAAGGAGGAUGAACUUACUGCUGUGAAUGUGAAACAAGGCUUCAACAAUCAGCCAGCCUUUACUGGAGAUGAACAUGGCUCAGCCAGAAAUAUUGUCAUUAACCCAUCAAAGUUCGGUUACUACGAAAUGCCACAGUCGUUCACAGAAGCUCCCUUUGCUACUUUAUUCCAUUCAGAGCAGAUUGCAGCUUAUUUCAGCAGCAUAUUAGCUGAGAAACUAAAGCUUAACACUUUCCAGGACACCGGAAAGAAGAAACCACAAGUUAAUGCUAAAGAUAAUUACUGGCUGGUUACUGCUCGAUCCCAGAGUGCAAUUCAUAGUUGGUUCUCUGACUUAGCAGGAAAUAAACCACUUGCUAUUUUGGCAAAAAAGGAGCUGCCUCUGGCCAAGUCAGGUGUUCCUCAGGUUCCAAUCCUUAGUAAAAAAGAAGAUGUUUUUGCAUAUUUAGCUAAAUAUUCAGUGCCAAUGGUUCGAGCCACGUGGCUGAUCAAGAUGACGUGUGCCUAUUAUUCUGCUAUUUCUGAAGCUAAAAUUAAGAAACGUCAGGCUACUGAUCCUAAUUUGGAGUGGACACAAAUAUCUACCAGAUAUCUUCGAGAGCAGCUGGCCAAGAUUUCUGACUUUUACCACAUGGCUUCCAGCACAAGUGACGGUCCUGUCCCGGUGCCACCAGAUGUGGAGCAAGCCAUGAAGCAAUGGGAAUACAACGAAAAGUUGGCAUUUCACAUGUUCCAGGAAGGAAUGCUAGAAAAACAUGAAUAUUUGACAUGGAUCUUGGAUGUGUUAGAGAAGAUCAGACCGAUGGAUGAUGACCUUCUUAAACUCUUGUUACCACUCAUGCUGCAGUAUUCGGACGAGUUUGUUCAGUCGGCUUACCUGUCUCGUCGUCUUGCCUACUUUUGUGCCCGGCGUCUUGCCUUGCUGCUGAGCGAUAGCCCCAGCCUCCUUGCUGCCCACUCGCCCCACAUGAUGAUAGGACCAAACAACUCAAGCAUCGGGGCCCCCAGCCCUGGCCCCCCUGGCCCCGUCAUGAGUCCCGUGCAGCUGGCCUUCUCAGACUUCCUCUCCUGUGCACAGCAUGGCCCCCUGGUUUAUGGACUUAGUUGUAUGUUGCAGACUGUCACUCUCUGUUGCCCAAGUGCCUUGGUGUGGAAUUAUUCCACAAACGACAAUAAGAGCGCGAACCCAGGCUCGCCCCUGGAUCUGCUGCAGGUGGCCCCCUCCAGUCUCCCCAUGCCGGGUGGGAACACAGCUUUCAAUCAGCAGGUUCGGGCAAGGAUUUAUGAGGUAGAACAGCAGAUAAAACAAAGAGGCCGUGCAGUGGAAGUUCGGUGGUCUUUUGACAAGUGCCAAGAGUCAACAGCAGGGGUGACCAUUAGUCGGGUUUUGCACACGUUGGAAGUGUUGGAUCGACAUUGUUUUGACCGAACUGAUUCCAGCAAUUCAAUGGAGACGCUUUAUCAUAAGAUUUUCUGGGCAAACCAAAACAAAGAUAACCAAGAGGUCGCCCCCAAUGAUGAAGCUGUGGUGACCUUGCUGUGUGAAUGGGCGGUGAGCUGCAAACGGUCAGGCAAGCACAGGGCCAUGGCUGUGGCAAAACUCUUGGAGAAGAGGCAGGCGGAAAUCGAAGCAGAGAGAUGUGGUGAAUCAGAGGUCUUGGAUGAGAAGGAGUCCAUUUCUUCAGCCUCUCUUGCUGGAUCUAGUUUGCCUGUUUUCCAGAAUGUGCUACUAAGAUUUUUAGAUACACAGGCCCCCUCAUUAUCGGAUCCAAACAGUGAAUGUGAAAAAGUCGAAUUUGUGAAUUUGGUGCUGCUCUUCUGUGAGUUCAUCCGACACGAUGUCUUCUCCCAUGAUGCGUACAUGUGUACCCUCAUAUCUCGGGGAGACUUGUCAGUCAGCGCCUCGACUCGGCCGCGAUCGCCAGCAGGCGAAAAUGUAGAUGAGCACUAUCCAAAGGACCAUGACAUGAAAAUGGAGGAACAGACUAUUAUGGCGCAUAUGGGCAUUGACUCAGGAACUACUAAUAUUUUUGAUGAAGUAGACAAGAAUGACUUUAAAACUGACUUUGGUUCGGAGUUUCCAAUUUUUUCUCCCAUGCCUGGAGAAUCCUGUGAGAAUGCCAACCCUUCCUUGGGCAGAAGAAUGUCGGUUAAUGGUGAGAAGUUGCUUAAGAGAGAAAAACCCAGGGAGCUGAUUUUUCCAUCUAAUUAUGACCUUCUGCGGCACCUGCAGUAUGCAACACAUUUCCCCAUACCUCUGGAUGAAUCUUCAAGUCAUGAAUGUAACCAGCGCACAAUCCUGCUUUAUGGAGUGGGCAAAGAGCGUGACGAAGCGAAGCAUCAGCUGAAGAAGAUUACCAAAGAUAUUUUGAAAAUCCUAAAUAAGAAGAGCACCACAGAGACAGGGGUUGGAGAUGAAGGACAAAAAACCAGGAAGAACAAACAGGAAGCAUUUCCAACUCUGGAGACUGUAUUCACAAAACUUCAGCUCCUUUCAUAUUUUGAUCAGCAUCAAGUGACAUCUCAGAUCUCCAAUAAUGUGCUGGAACAAAUCACAAGCUUCGCUUCAGGAACAUCCUAUCAUCUCCCUUUGGCUCACCAUAUUCAACUCAUCUUUGAUCUUAUGGAGCCAGCGCUGAACAUCAAUGGACUAAUUGACUUCGCAAUACAGCUGCUAAAUGAACUGAGUGUUGUGGAAGCCGAACUGCUCCUGAAAUCCUCCAGCCUGGCAGGAAGUUACACGACGGGACUGUGUGUGUGCAUUGUGGCUGUUCUCAGGCGGUACCAUAGUUGUCUGAUCCUGAAUCCUGAUCAGACAGCCCAGGUGUUUGAAGGGUUGUGUGGUGUGGUAAAGCAUGUUGUGAACCCCUCAGAAUGUUCUUCCCCCGAGAGAUGCAUCUUAGCCUACCUCUACGAUCUCUAUGUGUCAUGUAGCCACCUCAGAAGUAAAUUUGGAGACCUCUUCAGUAGUGCCUGUUCAAAAGUUAAGCAAACCAUAUAUAAUAAUGUGAUGCCUGCAAAUUCUAACUUGAGAUGGGAUCCGGACUUCAUGAUGGAUUUUAUUGAGAAUCCUUCAGCUCGUAGCAUCAAUUACUCAAUGCUGGGCAAGAUCCUUAGUGACAAUGCAGCCAAUCGCUACAGCUUCGUCUGUAACACGCUCAUGAAUGUAUGUAUGGGCCAUCAGGAUGCUGGAAGGAUUAACGACAUAGCCAAUUUCUCCUCUGAGCUGACAGCUUGCUGCACUGUUCUUAGUUCAGAAUGGCUGGGAGUUCUGAAGGCUCUUUGUUGUUCUUCAAAUCAUGUGUGGGGGUUUAAUGAUGUACUUUGCACUGUAGAUGUGAGUGACCUUUCAUUCCAUGAUUCAUUAGCUACUUUCAUUGCUAUUCUGAUAGCACGACAGUGUUUCUCCCUGGAGGACGUCGUGCAGCACGUCGCACUUCCCUCUCUCCUAGCAGCAGCUUGUGGAGAUGCAGAUGCUGAGCCGGGGGCGAGAAUGACAUGCCGACUCCUGCUUCAUCUCUUCCGAGCUCCCCAGGCCUGCUUGUUACCUCAAGCAACCGGCAAACCUUUCCCUGGAAUAAGAUCAUCUUGUGAUAGACACCUCUUAGCCGCCGCUCACAAUAGCAUUGAAGUGGGAGCCGUGUUUGCUGUCUUAAAAGCAAUUAUGAUGCUUGGAGAUGCCAAAAUUGGCAAUAACAAUGUCAGCUCUUUAAAGAAUGAUGACUUCACCAUGAGAGGUUUACGACGUGAUGGGAAUGCUGAUGAUAUCUGGACUGCUUCACAAAAUUCAAAAUCCUGUGGGAAAAGCAUUUCCAUAGAAACUGCCAAUUUAAGAGAAUAUGCUAGAUAUGUACUGAGGACUAUCUGUCAACAGGAAUGGGUAGGAGAACAUUGCCUAAAAGAACCUGAAAGAUUGUGCACAGACAAAGAGCUUAUAUUGGACCCUGUGCUUUCAAAUAUGCAAGCACAGAAAUUAUUGCAGCUUAUUUGUUAUCCUCAUGGUAUUAAAGAAUGUACGGAGGGCGACAAUCUGCAGAGACAGCACAUUAAGCGCAUUCUUCAGAAUCUUGAGCAGUGGACGCUGAGGCAGUCCUGGCUAGAACUUCAGUUAAUGAUCAAACAGUGCUUGAAGGACCCUGGCUCUGGUUCAGUGGCUGAGAUGAACAACUUACUGGACAAUAUUGCAAAGGCAACAAUAGAGGUAUUCCAGCAGUCUGCUGACUUGAACAAUAAUUCUUCUAAUUCUGGAAUGGGCCUCUUCAACCCAAAUGGGAUUGCAACUACUGAUGCUGGUAGCACAAGGCAGAAUGGAAUAAAGACAUUUCUAAGUUCCUCUGAACGCAGGGGUGUAUGGCUGGUGGCCCCCCUAAUUGCCAGGCUGCCGACCUCUGUGCAAGGAAGAGUAUUGAAAGCUGCAGGAGAGGAACUGGAGAAGGGACAGCACUUGGGCUCUUCUUCAAAAAAGGAAAGAGACAGACAAAAACAGAAAAGUAUGUCUCUUUUGAGUCAACAACCUUUCCUCUCACUGGUCCUUACCUGCCUUAAGGGACAAGAUGAACAACGGGAAGGCCUCCUAAUAUCUCUUCAGAAUCAGGUUAAUCAGAUUUUAAGUAAUUGGAGAGAAGAACGAUACCAGGAUGACAUAAAAGCACGGCAGAUGAUGCAUGAAGCAUUGCAACUUCGCCUAAAUUUGGUAGGAGGAAUGUUUGACACGGUGCAGAGGAGCACCCAGUGGACAACAGACUGGGCCCUCCUCCUGCUUCAGAUCAUAACUUCUGGAACUGUUGACAUGCACACUAACAAUGAAUUAUUCACAACAGUUCUUGACAUGCUGGGUGUGUUAAUCAAUGGAACAUUAGCCUCAGACCUAUCAAAUGCAUCCCCAGGGGGAUCUGAAGAGAACAAACGUGCAUACAUGAAUUUAGUAAAGAAACUGAAGAAAGAGCUAGGAGACAAGAGAUCAGAAAGUAUUGACAAAGUUCGACAGUUGCUACCUUUGCCAAAACAGACAUGUGAUGUCAUUACUUGUGAACCUAUGGGUUCCUUGAUUGACACAAAGGGAAACAAAAUUGCUGGAUUCGACUCUAUAGAUAAAAAACAGGGUCUCCAGGUGUCUACAAAGCAGAAGGUGUCCCCAUGGGAUUUGUUUGAGGGUCAGAAGAACCCAGCUCCUCUGUCUUGGGCCUGGUUCGGGACUGUCCGAGUGGACCGAAAGGUGAUCAAGUACGAGGAGCAGCAUCACCUGCUGUUGUAUCACACACACCCCAUGCCCAAGCCCCGAAGUUACUACCUCGAACCGCUGCCCCUGCCUCCCGAGGAGGAAGAGGAGGAGCCCACAUCUCCCAUCUCUCAGGAACCAGAGCGGAAAUCAGCUGAGCUGUCAGAUCAGGGAAAAACCGCAACAGAUGAAGAGAAGAAAACAAAAGGAAGGAAGCGCAAGACGAAAUCAAGCUCAAGAGUUGACGAGUAUCCACAGAGCAACAUAUACCGAGUGCCUCCUAACUACUCACCCAUUUCCUCCCAGAUGCUGCACCAUCCACAGUCCACCUUAUGGGGCUAUAACCUCAUGGGUCAGCCCCAGCAGCCGGGUUUUUUCCUUCAGAACCAAUCUCUUACUCCAGGUGGUUCUAGAUUGGACCCCACGGGCUCCUUCGUCCCAACGAAUACCAAACAAGCUCUGUCCAACAUGCUGCAGCGGCGCUCGGGGGCCAUGAUGCAGCCACCGCCCCUCCACGCCAUCACGUCGCAGCAGCAGCUGAUACAGAUGAAGCUUCUGCAGCAGCAGCAGCAGCAGCGGCUUCUCCGGCAAGCCCAGGCUCGACCUUUCCAGCAGGACUUCUGUAACUCUGCUGUCUCCCUUCUGGAAGACUUUGACAACAUAAUGGGCCCACCAGGGGACCAGGCUGCUCUCUUUGCUGCACAAGCACGGCCCUCCCCUCAGCUCCCCCAGUAUCCAGGGCUGCAGCAAGCACAGACCAUGCCCCAGGGCUAUACGAUGUAUGGAACGCAGAUGCCUUUGCAGCAGACCCCUCAGCAGCAGGCUGGUGGCGUGGUCCUGUCUCCUAGCUAUAACUCCAGGACCUAUCCGGCCACACAUUCCAACCCGGCGCUAAUGGAAAGACUCAGACAGAUGCAGCAGCAGCCCAGUGGCUAUGUUCAGCAGCAGGCGUCACCGUACCUGCAGCCCUUGACCAGCUCUCAGAGACUAAAUCAUCAGUCGCUUCAGCAGAGCCCUCUGGUAGGUGGAGGAAUCGAUGCAGUGCUCACUCCCACGCAUCCAAGCCUCCCCUCGGUGCCCCUGCCUCAGGACCCAAUGAGAACCAGACAGCCGCAGGUUCGACAGCAGCAGAGACUCCUCCAGAUGCAGCAGCCCCCCCAGCCCCAGCAGCCCCCGCAGCCCCAGAGUCAGACCCUUGGUCUCCAAGCAAUGCAGCCCCAGCAGCCUUUGUUUCCCAGGCAAGGCUUGCAGCAGACCCAGCAGCAGCAACAGACGGCCGCCCUGGUGCGGCAGCUCCAGAAGCAGCUUUCUAGUAACCAGCCACAGCAAGGAGUGACUCCCUAUGGGCAUCCAUCACACUUCUGAAUCUGGAAGAGGACAAGACCUAAAGUUUUAUGUUUGCACUGAAAAAUAGAAAAUCAAAUUUAAUGCAUCAGUCAUCUUUAGAAAUGUCCCUAUGUUCUUUUCUUUCUUUGAAGUUUUUCUAUAUUUUGUGCUACAUUUCAUGUAGAGGCAUUUAAACAAAGAGAAAAGGAGGAGGUGUGGUUUGGGUUUUUUUUGUUACUUUCAACUUUAAAGUAGGUAUAAAAAUGUGGAUCCUGCAGGCCUAUUCAAGGAAGAGCUUGGUAGCAGAUCUUUUGAAAUUGGUGCUUUUUUUUUUUUUUUUUUUGAAUCUCCUAGAAUGAAUUAUGGUGGAUUUAAAAUAUUCAUGUAUUCAUUAAUGAUGAAGGGUUUUUUUGUAGUUUGUUUUGUUUUGUUUUUUUCCCAAACUGCUGGACCAAACUACUGAUUUGAAAGGCAUGUCCAAUCUUGACAGGAGAGUAAUCCAUUUAUUCUACAUUCACCUGUGAUGGUGAAAUGGACAUCUAUUUGCAUUGCUCUAAUUUGAAAUGUUUGUAAUUUCAUAAGCACUUUAUAAACUUCGUUCUUAUUUA